AGGUUCAGCUGGCUUUUGCAGAGGCGUCUCAUUGCUGUCAAAACGCUCCAGCUGUGCUGAACUGAUUGGAACUAAUUCAGUUUCAAACCUAAGAAACGUGAGAUUUUGCAAACACGACAAUGGGGAAAGGCUGCAUCACCACGACCAAAUACUUCCUGUUUCUCUUCAACCUCUUCUUCUUUAUUUUUGGAGCCAUCCUUUUUGGUUUUGGACUUUGGAUUCUUCUGGAUAAUCAGAGCUUCAUUACUGUUCUGCAGGAGUCCUCCAGCUCCCUGAAGGUGGGCUCCUACAUCCUGGUUGGCGUUGGCUCGCUCUCUAUUCUCAUGGGCAUCCUUGGCUGCUUUGGGGCUAUCUAUGAGAUCCGCUGUGUCCUGGGGCUGUACUUCACAUGCCUCCUGCUGAUCCUCAUCGCCCAGAUGACAGCUGCUGUGCUGAUGUACUUCCAGAGGGACCUGUUGAAGAAUGAGAUGUCCAUCAUUGUGAAUAAGAUCAUGGUGGAAUAUGCUGGAGGCAACAAGACCACGGAACAAGCCUGGGAUUACCUCCAGAAGACAAUUCACUGCUGUGGCUGGACCGGACCGGGCAACUGGACUGAGAACAUGCUCAUCAGGAACAGCUCCCGGGUGCUGUACCCCUGUUCCUGCCGAAAUAUGUCCCUGCCCGGCGUGGGCCUGGAGGAGAAAGGCCUGUGCGAGUCGCUGUCCUCGGAAUGGCCCGUCUACCAGAUGGGUUGUGUCUCCAGUGUGGAAAGCUGGCUCUUCAACAACUACGGAGUCAUAAUUGGAGUCUGUGCUGGAGUAGCAGCCAUUGAGUUCCUGGGAAUGCUGCUGACCAUUUGCUUGUGCCAGAGCAUCCAGCAAGUUGACUACACCAAAGUCCCGGCGUACUGAAGACCCCCCCUCCCCCACAGCGCUGACACCCACCGGUCUCUGUGCUUCGUAUUCUCUCCACAAUAUCUCUGCGUCACUGUCCUAACACACACACACACACACACACAUUCUACUGCCAUGAUUCUGAUGCUGAAGAGAUAUGUAACCUCAUUACUGUAGCUCAGAUGAUGCUAAGUCUUUCAUUUCAGUUUCAGGUACUGAGGGGUGGGGGCUGUAUUUGUAGGAAGGUCUUUGUGGAACAGUUUUAAACCCAGGAGUCCUGCACCUCAGUCCUCAGGCUGAAUGACCAUCAACCAGACAAGAGAAGAUAAAGCAUAUCCUUAGCUAGGACCAACAAUGCAUAUUUCAGUGUGAUGUUAUGAUUUUGUCAAGGUAGUGUUUUGGUGAUAUAUUUUGUUGAAUUUCGAAACCAAGACAUAAUACUACUAAAAAUAUUCAAAAUGUUUUGAUUUAUAUUAAUGUCAAAGUAGCGUUUUAUUACAAUGAUGUUUUAGUUGACAAUGGAAGUGCUUUAUAUUGUAGCUGUUAGUCCAGUCCUGAGAGAACUUUAGUACAUUUUUCAAAGCUGUUGAUCAGUGACGUGGAGACCAGAAAAAAGCCGGGGGGGGGUCAGUGGGGGGUCAAGGCCAAAUCCAAAUUUCUGUUUGAUUUGUUGUGUUUCAUUCAGUGGCCCACAUGACUGCUGCACCCCAUGGGCUGGGAACAUUGUUAUUUGGCAUUAUAUGGGCUCCUCUCAGGUUCUGCAGAGCCCACAUGCAGUGCAGUGCCAUUCGCUGUCACCAGUGCAGGCUGCAGUGUUGCCAUGCCAAUGGUGUAAACUCCCCCUCUUCCCUUCGCAUUUGAGUUUGGCUUGGCUGGUCUUUAAAAGAAUUAGCUUAUUAAAAAAUUCUGCGUAGUUUUAGUAGUGUUGUUUUGGUGGGUGCAUGUUUUUCUAUUGUAAAACUCUUAUUCAUGAACUCGUCUUAAAAAAACCAGUUAUUUACUGAAUGCCACUGAUUUAAACACGUUUCUCCUUUUCUGGUACAUGACAGUGUAUUGGUUUUUCUGAAGGUUUUCUGGUGCCAGUAAUUCCAUACCAGUUGGACUAUUUAAUAUGGGUUUUAUAAUUAAUGUUAAAUUAGUUACUCGAAAAUGGUAUGGUCAGUGUAAACAGCAGUUUUAUAUAAUAAAAAGCUUUUGAUUUAA